AGGAGGAACCAAAAUUGUCUACUUCUGUUAUUAAAGAGUUUGAAAAUGAUGAAGUCGACCAGAUAGAUGAUGGUGAAGUGAAUAUUUGUGAUAAUGAUUAUGAUACUUCACAGUUGUCUUUGGUUGAUCAUGAUGAGAUGAGGGAGUGCCUACUACUGCUAAGUUGAACAAAAGUGCUGUACAACUUGAACGUGAAGUAGAAAUAAAUUCAGGUGCAGUUGCAGAAGGCAUGCAUACUUGUCAGACCGUCAGUGUGAGUGAUCAGCAUGUAGCCCACCUAUUAUCAGAUGCUAGUGCUAAAUUUGAGCUGAUAGUAAAAGACAGCAGUGGUGGUGGUCUUGCAGGUAGACAACUUUCUGAAAGUCGAGCAACAACAGCUUCUGAUCCACCGCUAACUUCAUCAACUGAUAUCAAUCAGUCGUCGUUGGUGCUGUCAUCCACAAUGAAACAGACGCCCAUCAACUCAAGUAUCUUGUGCAAUGACUAUGAUAGUAUCAGUCCUUUUGAAGAGACGAAAGAUAUUGGUCAGUUUAGUGAGGAUAAGCCAAGUGUAAACGAGAGAGUAAUUGUUAAAUUGACUUGCAAGAAUAAAGGCAUUUCUAGUUUCAAGUUACUAUUUGAAUGGUAUUAUCUUUGGUGUAAAUUACUCUGUUUCUACGCUUGGUUGACCAGAUACGUCGUAUGUUUGUUCGUCAUCUAUAUUCUACGAUACAAUGACAUGAGCGUGUUACCGUUCAGAUUUGAGGAUAUAGCUGAUAGAAGGAAGUCAGCAAAUGAACUCUGCGACGAUUUUCCAACCUAGGGCGUUAACCUGAAGAGGGUUGUAGGCGUACUGCUGUAAGUCCUACAGUUCUUCGAGGGUAGUUUGUCGUGCCAGAAUCCACAACAUUUGAUGUGUUGAUUGUACAUAUGUUUGUGUUAAAUAAUUGUGUAUGUUCCAAUUAUUGCAGUUGUUGAUUGAUCUCGUGUGUGUCCGGACAUUGCACAACUCACAAUCGUCAACCUGAGAGGUGUUGUAGGCGUACUGGUGUAAGUCCUGCAAUUCUUCGAAGGAAUUCCAUCAAGACCUUAUCCGCGAUUUUGUGCUAACUGUUUUUAUAUAUGUGUGGUGUGUCAUAUCAAUUGGUGUUUUUGGAUUCAUUGUGUUUACUCGUUGUUUUCGUACCUAGUUUUUAUUGGGUAAUUUUGCUAAAAUUUUCGUCGUGAUUACCUCUGAAGUUGUUUCUAGCUUUCUACAUCCGUGAAUGAAUUGAUUGAUGUUAGAGACAGCAGAUGGGUUGUAUACGCCGGGGAGCAAGAGUGUAGACGGCUGAGGCUUGCCUACAUCACCGUUACUAGAAUUGAGGCAGAAUGAGUGACAAGCGAUUGCAGUGGUAAUUGGUAGUGAAUAGAUGAGAGGAUGCGCGACGAGCAUCAUGAGGUGGUGCUAUGGUCACCUCGCAUUCUGCAAGAGACAUUCUAGCAAGUGGCGAUUGUGUUGCAAGAGGAUGUGUCAAGAGGACACCUUUAACUGGAAUGCGGAGGUCGUCAUUGAUAUGUGAGAUUGUGCUAUGAGUAUACUUGUGGUGUGUUGGCUUUUCUGUUUGUUUUCCAUUUCAGCUCUGUCCGUGUGACCCAGGUUCUCGCAAUGGCAUCGAAGUCAACGUGUAUUGGUCGUGAUGGAAAAAAUGGUUGGAUCCGUAUUUUGCCGGGGAGUGUCAAUGUAGUUGAAGAUUGAACGAUCAAUUCAUGGUUGUUUGCUUAAAAUCAACUUCCCCAAUUUUCGCGGAGGCAUCAAUACGACAAUCAUCGUCUCAUCGGUCGCUGUUCAGAAGAAGUCAGCAAUAAACCGUCAGAAGUAAUAUUGUGAUUUAUUAUUGUAAUAUUUGUUCAUAGACCUUAGUUAAAACUUAAUAUUAAUUUUGCCUAUAUGUUGGUGUUACAAUAAAGAAUUCUCGAGUGGCCAAUCGGUGUUUUGGUUUUCGCGUUCGUUAUUACUAGGCGUUUCUGAGAAACUUCAAGGAACAGCGUGAAUCCCAGUGUAGCAAGAGCUGGGCAUUGACUGUUUACGUUACGUGGCUGACA